AGGGCGGGGCCCGUCGAGCUUCUGGGGGUGGGGCGAUGGCCGGAAGUCCUACGGUGUCACCUCCGGGGCUUCCUUGCUGCGUCUCGUCGUUCGGCCCCGCCACAAGAUGGCGGACCUGUCUCUGGAUGAGCUCAUACGGAAACGCGGCGUGACGGUGAAGGGGAGACUUAACACAAGGCCAGUGUUUGGAGGUGUAAGAUCUCGCACUGGGAUCCAGCAAAAUCUUCUAAAUAGAUCAUCGUCAGCUGUCAGCUUCCAGCGGACAUUUGAUGCCCGACAGAAGAUUGGACUCACUGAUGCCCGACACAAACUGGGGGUUAAAGAUGCCCGUGAAAAACUGGUUCAAAAGGACGCUCGGUUCAAAAUCAAAGGGAAGGUGCAGGAUGCUCGAGAGAUGUUGAAUUCCCGUAAGCAGCAAAGUGUUGCUGCCGAAAAGGUGACCAAAAUGGUGGAUGCCAGAGAGAAGAUCAGCUUAAAAAGGAGCGUUCCAGCUGCUAUAAGCCCAGCUAUGGGGACAGUAAAUCUAGCCAUGAAAAUCACCAAAACAAUCCAACAGAAGGCACCAGUUCCUGGACACUCUCACCCAGCAGGAAUGAGGAUCAAUGUGGUGAACAACCAUACACACAAACAGGGCCUGUAUGACAUGGAAGAUGAUGAUGAGAGUGUCUCUCCCCUUCCUAGCAAACAGAUGAAAAUCACCACCACAAACAGUUUCCUGAACAAUUCGACUGGUGUGAGCAGCAAUAAAUUCUCUCUGUCCAAGACUGUUCCCCUGACUAAAGUGGUCCAAAAUGAUACAUACACAGCUCCACCUGCACCUCCCUCUCCUAUGCGGACGAAGGCCUUGACAAACAUGUCUCGGACCUUAGUGACAAAGGAAGAGCCUCCAAAAGAGCCGGCACCUGUUGAGCUGGCGUUCAGUCCUUUGGAAGGCACAAAGAUGACCGUAAAUAAUCUGCAUCCUCGAGUCACAGAGGAAGACAUUGUUGAGUUAUUCUGCGUGUGUGGCGCUCUGAAGAGAGCCCGGCUGGUGCACCCUGGAGUGGCUGAGGUAGUAUUUGUGAAGAAAGAAGAUGCUAUCGCAGCAUAUAAGAAGUACAACAACAGGUGCUUAGAUGGUCAACCAAUGAAAUGCAAUCUUCAUAUGAAUGGGAAUGUUAUCACCUCAGACCAGUCUAUAUUGCUCCGAUUGAGCGAUACCCCUUCAGUGAAGAAGGAAGGGGAACCACGCCGGUCAAGUGCAAGCACCUCCUCAAAUCCCCCAGCUGAAGUGGACCCUGACACUAUCUUGAAGGCCCUCUUCAAAUCCUCAGGGGUCUCUGCCUCUGUGCAGCCCACAGAAUUUAAAAUUAAACUCUGAGAAGCAGGAGCAAGCAGUGGACUGGAAAACUCAUAUAAGUUGGGGGGUGGGGAAAGUGCAGGAGUGCAGAUGUUAUUUGCAUUUGCCUGCCUUGAAAUUUUUUGUUUUCUAUGAUCGCUACUUUACUGUAUGAUAGUGUUUCCUCUUGUGUGUGUACUUUCUGUUUUCAUAGUUGGAGUUUUCUUCCAUAUUUUUUUUUCCCAAAAGAAUAACCUCCCCCUUCUGCCAGUAAUGUAUUACCAAGCAUAUACCAUGUAACUCCAUCCUUUACUCCAAAGCCCCCAGUGGCCAUUAAAAGUGCACAUAGACUUUGAGGGAA